AUGUCGACGGAGGACAAAAUUAUGGAGGAUGAUCAGAAGUUGAUGAAAGAAGCGUCUCGCCAGCUAACAUCGCUGGAAGGCGCAAUGGGAAAAUAUUUAGCGCAGGCUCGUGAAGGGAACAUGUCCCAAUCCAUGGCCAAGAUCAAGGAGGAGCUCCUCAAUGAUCUAUGGGCCGAAGGAAAUAGGGCACUGUUACGUUUAGAGGCGAUAGCGGGUCCACAGCCGCGACGUGAAACUUUUAUGGAAGCUUACGCUCAAGCUAAGUGUGAGCUGAAGAAACUGAUGGUGUUUGAAGCCCCACCUGCCUCUCAGUUCGACGUAACGCUUGCUUCAGCUCCCUCUCGUUCGGAUCAUCUGCCGCGAAUUGAACUACCGAAGUUCAACGGUGAUCCGUCGGAAUGGCCAGCGUUCGCGGGGCGCUUCGAGAAGCGCAUUGCAGGCCUUACCGGAGACGCCGAACGGUACGCGUUUUUGGUGAAGUGCUUUGACCGGUGUGAAAUCGCUCGAAAUAGUUGCGAGGCGUUCGAAAACGCUGGCAUGCCUUUUGAUAAGGCAUGGCAGAAGCUCGAAGAGCGGUUUUAUAAAAAACGCGUGGCUUUCCUCGGUCAUUUUCGGCACAUAACAAACUUGCCCAAGAUGACUACGGCGUCAUCUAAUGGGCUGAUGAAAAUAAUCGACGUGGUUGAAACGUCGCUUUCAGCUGCAAGACAGAUUGCAGGCGAAUCGGGGCGUAAGCCUAGCGUGGGAGAGGACGGUCUGCUGGUCACUAUAGUGAUGUCAAAGCUGGACGAUGAGACCAUCACAAGGAUCUCACGCAGGCUGGACGCUCAAACCAUUCCUACGUGGAAGGAAUUGCGCGAUGAGCUCGACAGAUUGUCGAGCUUGAUCUAUUACGAACCGCGUAGGGCCGCAAUCCGUCCAGAUCGUGAUUGUAACAGUGCAAAGGUGCGACCAGCAAGAGCGAUGCUUGCUGCCACGGUCGAUCCAGGAAGCAACCGACAGUCGACAAGUGCGCGAACCCCGCGAGUGAGUGUUGCUACAGUGGACCGCCGGGAAAGCAUUCGACGGUGUUACGCGUGUGACAAACAGGGCCAUGUGGGCCCACAGUGUCCCGAACUGCAAACUCGCUCAACGUACGAGCGAGUAAACUACGUAAUGGGUAAAGGUAAGUGCGUGAACUGUUUUUCCAGUCAGCACGCCGCUGCGCAAUGCCCAAGUGAGAAAAGGUGCCAAAUGUGUAGCAAAAAGCACCACACGAUGCUACAUAUGGAAAGUAACGAUUCAGCGAAGUGA